UUGACGUGUAAACUGUUAAAGAAAGCAGAGUCAAUAAAUGAUGUUAUGGAAAAUGGUGAUAUUGCUUGCCGUUUUAAGUGAAAUGUUUAUGGUGAAAGGCAGAAGUGUUGGAAAAAGAAAUUCCGGUGCUUCAGAUGGUCUAGAAGAAGCCGAUCAGAAUGAAUGCAAAUUUUCGUGUUCCUCUUCGUGUAAUGGAACCUCCUGUAAUAACUUCUGCAAGGACUGUUUGAGGCAACUGGGAGAACCGUGCAGCGAUGAUAUAAAAUGCGAUGAUACCAAACACCUCAUAUGCAAAUUUUCACACGGAGAUACGGAAGNGGACAUGGCCGCGAAUGAAUGCAAAUUUUCGUGUUCCUCUUCGUGUAAUGGAACCUCCUGUAAUAACUUCUGCAAGGACUGUUUGAGGCAACUGGGAGAACCGUGCAGCGAUGAUAUAAAAUGCGAUGAUACCAAACACCUCAUAUGCAAAUUUUCACACGGAGAUACGGAAGGCACUUGUGUAGAAUCGAGUGGACUUAUCCCAUGCAGCGUCCGCAAUAAAACUUACAGUCAUGGUGAAACUUUCUCGUUGGACUGCAGGACUCAAUGCAGAUGUCAGAACGGGACGUACGGAUGUUCGAGCCUGUGUCCGCAGGAGCAAAUUUUCCCCGAAGGGACUUGCAAUCAUCCCAGAUUGGUGGAAGUUCCUCAACAAUGCUGUCGGGAAUGGUUAUGCGACAGUCAAACAGAGAAGCCCCCCAACUGUCACAAAAUCUCUUCGUCGUGGUCCAAUUGCAGCAGCGAUUGUGGGUCAGGGUUUUCUGUUCGCCAGUCAAACCUUAACGAACGUUGCCACAUGUUACAAGAAAUUCGCCUGUGCCAGACGAGACGGUGCGAAAAAACUCAACAGAACAACGACCCGACAAACAAUCAGCACCAUAUAAGGAGAGGACACGAGUGCAAGGCGACCCAUCGUCCCAGCAGUCCCGUGUACCUCGAAAUAGGUCCUUGCAGGAGUAGGAAAAGGUACCGUCCGAAAUUUUGUAGCAUUUGUAAAGAUCGCGGGGUAACUUGCAGCCCCCUGCUCAGUACGACAGUUAAGGUCGACUUUGUGUGCGACGCGCCCUUGCCGACGUUCGAAAGAAGAUCGAAUUUGGUCUUCAAAAAUAUACAACAGGGCGAAGACAUGUGGGUGGAAAAUAUCCGAGAUGAUACCGAGUUGAAGACGCUGGUGACCGUUUCGAUGCAGUGGAUUUUGAGAUGUAAGUGCGACCGCGGGAAAAAAGCGUCCAGGAACUCGACGGCGGACGUCGUGCUACACAGGGUCCAUCGAGACGUUAGGCUAAAAAGUUUCAGGCGCUGAACUAACCCUGUGAUUGUUAAGCUAUAGAAAUAACACAGGUAAAGACGUUUUUUUGGACAUAUCAGAACUUUUUAUGGACCAUCUAGCGAUAUGUAAAUAGUGUAUCCUAAUUUAGCAACAAUAUAUUACAGUAAAAGAUCUUUAUUCGCGGGGUAUACGUUCCAUAAAUAUGCCGCGAAUACAGAAACCGUAGAUAUGCAAUGGUAAUUAGUAUG